GCAUUGGGGGAUAGCGUGCUUAUCUGUUCGCGAACAGAACCAACCCAGCGUCGUACCUCCCGUCUCGACGAACGGCGGCGGCGCCCAUCCCGGCCGCCUCCACACCGAGCCCCCGCGGCCGGCGUGCCUGCACCCAAGAUCCUCCCGCCUCGUCUCCACCCCAAGAUCCAGCGGCCGACGCCACCUUCCCGCCCCGCCGGAGCUCUCCAGCAACCGGCGGCACGUUCCCGCCCCGCCAGAGCUCUCCAGAGACCGGCGCCACCCUCCUACCCCGCCUCCACCAUGAUCUCCGGCGACCGGCGUGCCUCCACCCCGAGCUUUGCCGCCCGGCGCAGUUAGAGCUCCCAGAGGACCAGACCACCUUCUUGGUUUAUGUUCUUUUAUCAGGCUUUCUGGACAAGGAUGCCGCCAAGUUUUGCAAGAAAGGUGUGAGUUUAGCCUGGGAUUCUUUUACAAGUACUUCCAAAUUGUUCAUGCCCGUCAGAAUCAUCUUAUAGUUUCGCCGCCACCUCUCACCAAAGAUGGGAGGCUACUACUGCUUGUUCCCCUGCUUGCUCAUCUGCUUUCUGCUCCACACACAUGGCAGCCACUCCCUGAACCAGACAUGCAACUCCACUGACCUGGAGGCGCUUCUCGCUUUUUCCAGCGGCUUGGAUAGGAAAGUCAGCAGGCUUGUUGGAUGGGGUCCCAACGAUGCAGCGUGCUGUUCCUGGACCGGCGUCUCUUGUGAUCUGGGGAGAGUUGUUGGGUUGAAUCUCUUCAGCAAGAACCUUCAUGGCGGCAUCUCAUCCGCGAUCACCUUGCUUGAUGGCCUUGUGACUCUAAACCUCUCCUGCAACUCUCUCCGUGGCCAGCCACCAGAGGAUCUAGGCCGGUUAGCAAGGAUGCGGAUUCUCGACCUCAGCAUGAACAUGCUCUCCGGCGCGUUCCCGACGAGUGAACAUGGUUUCCCGGCAAUUGAGGUGCUGAAUGUAUCCUUCAACCAAUUCAAGGGACCGCACCCUGUGUUCCCUGGCGCGAUGAAUCUGAUGGUUCUUGAUAUCUCGAGCAAUGCCUUCUCUGGUGCCAUCAACACCACAGCACUCUGUGUUGCGCCGGUCAAGGCCUUGCGAUUUUCUGGGAAUGAGUUCACCGGUGAGAUCCGCGCCGGGUUCGGCCGGUGCAAGAUGCUUACUGAGCUCUCUAUUGACAGCAGUGGCCUUACUGGGAAACUCCCCAGGGAUCUUUACACGAUAUCAGAGUUGAGGAGGCUGAGCUUACGAGAUAAUCAGUUCUCUGGUAGUCUCGGCGAGGACCUGGGUAACUUCUCUCAGCUUAUGCAUAUUGAUCUUUCAUAUAACAUGUUCUCUGGUGUCAUCCCUGAUGUGUUUGAAGGUCUGAGGAGGCUGGAGUUCUUAAGCUUGGCCUCAAAUUUGUUGACUGGCACAUUGCCUGCUUCCCUGUCAAGCUGCAAAAUGCUGCGAGUGAUCAACCUAAGGAACAACUCGCUGUCGGGCAAGAUCGCCAUUGACUUCCGUUUACUGCCAAGGUUAAACAUUCUGGAUGCAGGGACCAAUAGAUUGAGUGGUCCUAUACCUCGAGAUCUCAUGUGGUGCACUAAGUUGAGGACACUGAACCUUGGAAGGAACCUGCUUGAUGGGGAGAUACCAGAGAGCUUUAAGCAUUUGCGAUCCCUAUUAUUCCUCUCGCUUGCUGGUAAUGACUUAACGGACUUGUCAUCGGCAUUACGAGUCUUGCAGCACCUGCCCAAACUGACAACGUUGGUGCUUACCCGGAGCUUCCGUGGUGGUCAGACAAUGCCAAUGGACAGCAUCAGUGGGUUCAAGAGCUUGCAGGUGCUUGUUCUUGCAAACUGUGCACUCUCAGGCAUGAUCCAGCCUUGGCUGCAGAACUCAAAAAACCUGAGAGUGCUGGACAUUUCGUGGAACAAAUUGAGUGGACCGAUCCCACCAUGGUUAGGCAAUCUGAAUAAUCUCUUCUAUAUCGAUCUGUCAAGAAACUCGUUUAGUGGGGAGCUUCCUGAGAGCUUUACACAGAUGAAGGGUUUAAUUUCGAGUGCUUAUUCAAGUGAGCAUGCAUCAAUAGAAGACCUCCCAUUAUUCAUCAAAAAGAAUCCAGCUGGCAAUAGUUUGCAGUACAACCGUGUGGUCAGCUUCCCACCAUCGCUGAUCCUCUCUAAUAAUUUGCUUGCUGGGCCAGUCUUGCCUGGCCUUGGCCAUCUUGUGUAUCUUCAUGUACUGGACUUGAGCUGGAACAAGUUCUCAGGGGGCAUUCCUGAUGAGUUAUCAAGCUUGGAAAUCUUGGAAGAGCUAAAUUUAACCCACAAUGAUCUCAGUGGGAGCAUACCAACAUCUCUAACAAAGUUGUCAUUUCUCUCCAAGUUUGAUGUCUCGUACAACAACCUGACUGGAGAUAUCCCAACAGGGGGCCAAUUUUCCACAUUCACAGAUGAGAGUUUCGUGGGCAAUGAUGCACUAUGCCUUCGUCGGAAUGGCCCCUGCUUCGGAAAGGCUUCAUUUGAAGGAACAGAAAAUGAUGGCACCGAUACCAUAUCCACAAUGCCCGCAAUGACAUACAUCAUCGCAGAAGCGGGAUUCGCUUUCGGGCUUUUGACCGUCUGUAACAUACUGUUCUUCGCAAGGGCUUGGAGGGCCGCUUAUUUUCUGGCGGUUGACAGGUUCUUUGAUAUGCUCUACGUCAUAAUAAUGGUGAAGGUGAACAAGCUCAGAAGAAAAUGGGAGGAUAAAGAGCAUCCUUAGAACAAGUCAUGAAUGGCUCCUUGCGGGUUCUAUCUUGGUGACUUGUGUGCACAUGUUUUCUUUUAACUUUAUAAGUUGUCUCCUUUUUCUCAGCUUAUAGUGUCUUCCUUGCUACCGCCUCAGGUGUCAUUAGGUGGAUAGAUUCAGUAUCAGGUAUCAUAUGGUUAGAUCUGGAGUUCCCCUUCAUGCUGAGGACAAUAUUAUUUUGUGAUAUGUGUUGUUACAACUAAAUUUAUGAACUGUAUGGUGGAAGCUAAUCUAAAGACUGUCUGCUGUUCUCUGCGUGGAGCAUUACAAUCUGAGGACAAUAUUUCGGUUUCUUUCUGUUAAAUCUUUUUUUUUAGUUUCUCUGUACUGCUGCUGGUAUUUCGGUUUGUUUUACUGUAAGUGCGACUGUUGCUUAGGCUAGUUCUAGUUUCAGCAAGGCUUUUGGUCCUCGUGAGCAGGCAAAAGAAAAGGAAAUGUUGUGUCAA